AUGACCGCAGAGACGAUCCCGUCGCCCGCUCCCGCGCCCGAGUCCUCCGGCGCCGGCGCGCCCGCCGCCGCGAAGCGCGUCCCGCUCACGAUCAAAGUCUGCCACGCGUGGAGCAACCACUGGUCCGUGGAGCACCUCGUGCAUCGACGCGUCGUCGAGGUCGCGGAGGACGGCUCGGACACGCUCGCGAGCGUCAAGGACGCGUUCGCGGAGAUCGAGGGCGUGCCCGUGGACAUGGUGAUGUUCAUGUGGAUGGACCGUCCGAUCGGAAGAUAUUACCAGGGCGAAAUGACAGAGGACGCGGAAGAAGAAGAGUCGCAAACCCUGGAGGAGCUCGGCGUCAUGAACUGGCUCAGGAAGUUCCCGCACUGGACCGUCACCGCCGCGAUCGUGGAGGAUCCGCCGAUGGAUUCGCUCGAGACGGUGCACCGCUCGGUGGCUGUCACCGUCCGCGGGUUCAAAGAGGGCCCGAAGUUGGACCGGUGGAUCAACGUCAAGAAGAAGAAGAAGGAGUGGAACACGCUCGUGUACGGCGCGCCGAAGCCGUGGGACGAUAGAUACGACAGCGAUUGA